UACCCCUCUCACAGGUGCCGUGACCCCCAUCCAGUCCCGGAUCAUAGGAGGCUGGGAGUGUGAGAAGCAUUCUCAACCCUGGCAGGUGGCUCUGUACCAUGACAGCAAGUUCCAGUGUGGGGGCGUCCUGGUGCACCCCCAGUGGGUGCUCACAGCCGCCCACUGCAAGACCAAUGAUUACCAGGUCUGGCUGGGUCUCCACAACCUGCUGGAGGAUGACGACACAGUCCAGUUCCUCCAGGUCAGUGACAGCUUCAUUGAUCCAGAUUUUGACCUGAGCCUCCUGAAGAAGAAAUACCUGCGCCCAUAUGAUGACAUCAGCCACAACCUCAUGCUGCUCCGCCUGGCGCAGCCCGCCCAGAUAACAGACGCCGUGAAGGUCCUGGACCUGCCCACCCAGGAACCCCAACUGGGGAGCACCUGCUACACUUCUGGCUGGGGCAUGACCAGCCCACUCGCAACUGAGAGGCCUGAGUCACUCCAGUGCGUGGAACUCAAACUCCAGUCUAAUGAGAUGUGUGCCAGAGACUACCCAGAGAAGAGAACAGAGUUCGUGCUGUGCACUAGCCACAGGAAGGAUGAAGGGGGCAUCUGCCUG